GUGCAAGUAAAUAUUGAGCAAAGGGUACGAUUGUAACGGUGCCUCCCUCCUGUCACACUCCCUGGAAGGCUCUCUCUCUCUCUCUCUCUCUCUCUCUCUCACACACACAUAUACACACACACAGGGCCGGACCGGGCUCUGCCGCAUGCACAUUACCCCGAGCUGAGUGAGGAGCCUGCGCCAUGGAGAUCAACGACUCAGUAAACCAGCAGGAUAGACUGCAGGUCAUAGCGGAGAAACGUAGGCGACAAGUGGAGAUUGAGAAUAAGAGACGUCAACUGGAAGAUGACAGAAGACAGCUGCAACAUCUUAAGUCCAAAGCUUUACGAGAAAGAUGGCUCCUGGAGGGUGCUCCAGCUUCCACCCCUGAGGAGGAUGAGGCAACAAGGAGACAAAUGCAAGAAGAUGAGCUAAGGACCCGAGAACUGGAAGACAACAUUCAAAGACUGGAGACAGAGUUGGAGCUACUUGAGAGUGGCUUGUCAAGCACAUCUACCAAAGAGAGCCUGGCAGAGGAAGAGAUUCUGAAGAGCCACAAGACCUCCCUGAACACAACCAAGGGUCAAGAUAUUUCAGUAUCCCCAGGUCACAAGACAGAAAGCCCAGACAUGAUGAGAGCGGCCAUGUAUUCUGUGGAGAUUACAGUAGAGAAGGACAGAAUCACAGGGGAGACUAAAAUCCUCUCCAGCAACACUGUGCUCCCCAAAGAGUACCCCCCGCAGGGGGUCAAGGUUUAUGAAGAUGAACAGAAAGUAGUGCAUGCGGUGAGGUCGGAGGCUGAUGCACCAAAUAAUGCCGUACAUGCACUAAGCUUGGUGGAAGUUGAAGAUCUCAUCCAUAAGGCAGAGGAGGCCACUCUCAGUGAGAUUUCACUGAUUUCUGAUGACAAGCCUACCAUUCAGCGUGCCUCUCCUCGGAAGGAGAUUCCUGGAGUUCAGUCACGGCCUCCACAGACUCCUCCAGAGCCAGAGGCUCCAGUCACUAUGAUCUUCAUGGGCUACCAGAAUGUGGAGGAUGAAAAUGAAACUAAAAAGGUCUUGGGCAUGGAGGAAGCCAUCACGGCUGAACUGGUAGUCAUCAGUGAUGGGGACCCCCAAACUGCAACCGAAGACGUGGACCUUCCUGAAAAAAUCCAGCAUCCUCCUAAUGGAGCCCCAUCUGAAACCCCCACAAAGGUGGAAAAGCCAGAGGUCAAUGACACAGCAGCUCCCAAAAGUGUGGAGCAAGAUCUGACCAUGAAGAAACAGAGGUGCAAAUGCUGUAGUGUGAUGUAAAGAGAGAGGUGGAGGAGAAUGUUGCUAUUUCUGCACCCACUCAAAUAUGAAGCCUGAAAGAAGGUUUUUCCUUUCACCAGAAACCUCAUAGGAAGGGUUGCUCCUUCCUCCGCCUUUAGCAAUUUGAAAGAGGACAGUACUCACACUUCCCAUGAAAGCAUUGCUGGAGUUCUCUAAUCCACAAAAGAAGGUUAACUUCGAUAUAUAUAUCUUUUUUAAUGGAGGUCCCUUUGUCAGUCCCAAAGAAAUUCAAUAGGAAUCAAACCACCCAUGUCCCUCUCAUAAGCAACUAUCAGUCUUUCCUCCAGACUGCAAAUGGUGCAUCCAUUCCCCAAAUUAAGAUAGGUAAACUUCUCAGCCUACACCUUAAAUGUUAAUUAAGUGGUCCCUUUUUCCUCCAGUUCCCUACCUGUGAUAUUAUUCAGUGUUCUAUUGUGAUCCUCCCUACCAUGAUAAAUAUGCAGCUGUUUCAAUUUAUAUCCAGAAAAUAACUGCCAUUGUAGAAAGUAUUAUCUCAAAAGAUUACAUUUCCUGAAUUCCAACCCAUGAACCUGCAACUCUUCCUCUGUCCAGGGCUUAAAUAAUCUUCCUUUAACCAAAGCCCUCACCUCAAGUUACCAACUUUAAUUCAGAAAACAUUUGCAAUGCCUGUUUCAUUCUAUAAGAUUGCUUUGUCAGAAUUGUGCACAGUAGAAGGGUCAUAGAACUGAGUAUCUGGUCUAUCAAAAUUCAUAGAAUGUUGUGGUCAUCUCAGUAUUUGAAUAUCAAACAGCUUUUGCUCUAACACCCAUGCUCUGUACAGCAAUUCAAUAAUGGAGUUGGAAAUGAUUUUCUGAUUCAAAAAUGUUUUGGCAAUGCUUGUUAAAACUGGCCAUGUGAACUUUACAACUGGAAGAGGAACAAUUUUAGCUGAAUUCUACAACAGAUGCAACCCAGAAAGUACCCCUACAAACUGUCAUAUUGAAAAGGACAUGAGACGUAUACCUGCUCUUUCGUUAAAAAAACCUGAAACAGUAGUAAAGAAUGAUUGGAUUGACCGGUAUUACUCAAUACUGAAGCAUAUAUGCAGCAAAUAUUAUUGUAUCCCUUGGUGUGUAACAAUACAACUGUGCAGCCUGUGUUAGCGUGAAUCUGUCACCGUGAUCACCUUCAGAUAAUGUGAGGUCCUGUGCAAAUAGUUAUGUGCGUUAAAUAGAGGCCACAUAUUCCAUCAGCUGCAUAUCCUCCAAUACAGUAGCACAAUACAUGGUUUAAGAAUUUCACAUAAUUUGCACUGCAGUCACUUAUUUCAAUAUGUCAUGUGUGCAGGAGAGUAACUGUAAGAAUGGGCUGUAAAGAAAAACCUAGUACAAAUAUCUAUGUAUUAAUUCACCAACCAAUACAAUGUGCUUUUUGGAUUUUUUUGAUCAAUUGUGAGUGACAGAUUAACUUUAGCAAUGCUACAUGCCUUUAUAGUAACAUUAUUUUGCAUUCUGUAAUACCCCAGUGUUAUGUUUUGCAUAUUAACUAACAUGGUAUAUUGUCUUUGGAGUGAUAUCAGUCACCUAAAUAUAGCUGGCGACUGCUAGGCAGAAGAAACUCAAUUUAUACUUUAGGAAAGACUUAACAUGUGCUGUUCAGAUUGUGAGGAAUAUAUACACAAGCUAGGUACAGACUAGGCAUAGAUCCAUGCAUCAUGGGCUUUAAAGAGGUCAUCCAGCAAUGCAUGUGACCUGAAGAAAAAAAUCUGUUGCAGUAGAGGGCAAAGCUUAAAUGCAACGGGAAACGUUACCAGGUGUCUUAAUGUGACAUGAAUUUGCAAGUUUCAGCUCCAUUCCUGGCAUACACCAUCUAUUGCUUAAUGUGUGUAAAGUGUGUAAUGAGUUAUUUUCUUGUGUUCAGGCCAUAUGCUAGCUAUUGGACUAGCAUUAUGUAGAAAUCAAAUUUCGCUGCCUACUAGUCGCUUGGGUGCUUUUGGGUGACAAGUUUACAUUAACAAAAUUUUAUUGCAGCAAGUAGGUUGUGAGAGUGCCUUGUGGAUGUCUUGUAUUUUAAAAUUCUUGGCUACUGGACGUGAAUGCAGCAUGCUGCAAAGCAUUGUUAUAAUAUGUGUGGAGCGGUCCUGUGGGUCUUUUUGGAGUUCUAUUGACCCCUAUAUGCUGAUGGCCCUCAUGUGAUGACUUGAAGCUGACCCGGGCUGACGUUCUGUCACUAAGAGUGAAUAUAAUGCUGGAAGCUGUAGGGCUGCGAGGCCCAGGCUGGACAUUCAUAUCUGUGCCUCUGGAUUUCCCUGCCUGUUACUAACCCUCAUUUGAUCCUAUUUCCAAGAUUCAGACCAAUUCAUUGUAAAAAAUAUCUCAGUAAGUAAAUAAACUGUGUCAUUUAGUCCCA